GGCGCUGCGGAGGGUCAAAUCUCGCGAGCUGAUGUGUGCGGAAGUACCGUUGAUUCAGAUACAAACAGCUGGAGCCGCUUCGUGUCAGGAUCCCACAAGCGAAUCAUAAAGAGGGAUUAACAGAGAUGGACGGCAAUUUAACGCUGCAUUUGGCGAACUUCAGCACUCUGUUUGUGUGCAUGGUGCUGAAGUUCCCGCAGAUCUUCGUGCUGAUGCGGGCCAGAGCGACCACUGGAGUCAGUCUAAACAGUUUGCUGCUCGAACUGCUCGGGUUUAUAGUGUUCAUGUCCUAUCAGAUGUAUUACGAUUACCCACCGCUCACAUACCUGGAGUAUCCCAUCCUCAUUGCACAAGAUGUCAUUGUGCUCCUGUUAAUCCUACACUACAACAGGAACCUGAAACACAGCCUCAUAUACGCAGCACUGUUUGUGGGUGGAUGGCAGCUGCUUACAGUACAGAAGUGGGUGAUUGAUCUGGCCAUGAGCUUGUGCACUUUCAUUAGUGCCGGCAGUAAGCUGGCACAGCUUCAGUGUCUCUGGCACUCAAAGGACUCUGGGCAGGUCAGCACUCUCACCUGGGCUCUGGCCACGUAUACAUGCCUGGCACGGAUCUUCACUACCGUCAUCACCACAGGAGACACUCAAGUUCUCAUUCGGUUUAUCGUCAUGUCCAUUCUGAACAUGUGGGUCACAGCUACAGUCAUCUACUACAAACCUAAAGCGCUGAAACGGGAUUAAGAGGAUGCUACUUUUUGCAUCCAGUGCAUCUCAAAGUAUUUUUUUUUGAAGAACUAAACUAGAUUCAGGGCAGGUGCUAUUUGGAUGUAGCACAUUCUAUAUUGCAAUUUAAACAAUUAAAGAUUUACUGACUUUGGUUAAGCGUGUACAACCAAAAAUCUUUUCCCGUUUCCAAAAGGUUUCCUGUUUGAUUUAGUUACAGUGCUUGCAAGGCACUUUUUAUUGAAAUGUUAAAUCUUAGGGGUUUUUUUUAUAAAGUAUUUUAUUCAAAAUGCAACAGUGAUGACAUAAUAUUUGCAUUUUGAAUCACAAUUUUCCUUGCAUCUAUCAGAUCAUUUUUAGCUGCUGUUACUAUGAUUCUCAUGUUCACGUUAAAGUUAAAAUUUUCCACACUUUUAUUUUGCUGCUUUGCAAGCACUGGUAUUUUCUUCUGAAUAUGCAAAUCUAAUGUUUUUGGCAUAUGGGACAGAUUUUUUUUUUCAGUAUAAUUGCUUUAAAUCUCAUAUUUCCAUGAGAGAAAACAGAUAUGAAUGUUGUAGACUCACACAUGAUUUGAUAUCAGACUGCAUUUUAUAUAAAAAGCAUUUAUCAGAAGUCUGACCAAAUAGUGUUAUGAAACAAUAUGAACAUUCCUGUCCUUCACUGAUUGCAACUCUUCCUUAUAAUUCCUGGUAGGUUUCUUGCCUGUAGUUCCCUGCAUUUGUACAUCAGAUAUACUGUUAAUGAUGUUUUAUAAGUUGUAAUACUGUAAGAAGUUUAGUAACUGUCUUUUUCUUCUCAGAAAGGAAUCUAUUUUUUGACCAAUUUUCUGCUAAAGAACUGUUAAAACUGGUUAGUUAUGUUGCUGAAAAGCAACCUGUAUACUGUAGUUCAUAAAGGGGUGAUGUUUACAUAUGCUGAAAUAUGCAAAAAUGUUUUUUAGAGGUACAUGUAACUGUAUUAUGCUGAUAUAAUGAACACAUGGUUAUCAUUAAUAAACCAUAGGACUUUUGACCUCCAAAUGUUCUAGUGCAAGAUUUUUAUUACUUAGAAAAUGAAGAUUUGAAAUGAAAUAUCAGGAUUAAAGCACAACUAAUGUCUCUUUUGUAAGUACUUUAAUAGAUCUGUUCUUUUGUAUUUUAUAAAUCAAUAAACAUUCCU